AUGAGCCUGCGGCACCCACGCGGCCCGGGCGUCUAUCGGGACCCCAGUCUGGGCUUUGUGGGCUAUGGGGCUCCGCCCGGCAGCAGGGCCUCGCAGCAGCAGGCAGGGCUGUGGGAGGACCCGGAGGACCCGUCCCUGGGCUACACGACAUACAGCCUGGAUGAGAACGGUGGGGCGUAUGGCAACCGCACCGCCGCGGCCGGCGGGCGCCCACCCGGCGUCAAGCCACGCACCUCUGCCGGUCGGCACGGCCACCACGCAGCGGGCGGCGAGCCAGCAGCGGCGCCACUACCCGCCCGCUACCAAAACCAGCAGGCAUACGCAGGCGGGGCGCAUGCCGCAGGGGAUGCGGCGCUGGCUGGCGGCGCGGGCGCGUCGUCGUCGGCCUCGCCCGCGGCGCUGCCUGCCGCCGCAAAGACCGACAUUCUGCGGGAUGUGGAUGGCUUUGUGAUGUCGCUGCCACUGGGCACAACCCCAGGCGACGCGGAGAUUGAGGAGGCGGUGGCGUCCCGCCUGUACCGCGCUGAGCUGGCACGGGCCGAGGCGCAGGCCAAGCUGGGGGAGUGGUCCCAAGUGGCCCUGGAGCUCAAAGAGGUGGUGCAGCAGCAGCAGGCGCAGCUGGAGCAGCAGGCGGGCAGCGCAACCGGCGCCCGCCCUGCGGCGCGUGCUGGCCAGCAGGCGCGGGGCCGCUGGCUGCCGGCGGGCUCGCCGGCGGCCGCCGCCAAGCCCCACAUCGCUCACCUGCAGCGGCUGGUGGCAGAUAUGCGGCAGGAGCUGCGGCAGCCGCCUGGCCCGCACGCCGCGCUCUCCCCUGGCGCUGAGCUGGCGGCGGCGGGACCGGCUCCCCAGUAUGCCGCCGGCUGGGACGACGGCGCCCCCCAGCAGCAGCAGGCAGAGGCGGAGCAGGCGCGUGCCGAGCUGGCCGCCGCGCGGCAGCAGCUGCGCCAGCUGCAGGCCGCCCACGAUGCGCUGGCUGCGGCGCAGGACGCGGCGCGGGCCGGCGGCGCGGCCGAGGCGGCGGCGGCGCAGAUGCAGCUUGAGCAUGCUGUCCGGGAGGCGACGGCGGCGAGGGCAGAGAAGGAGCGGCUCCGGCGGGCGCUCAUCGAUGCAGAGAUUGAGCUGCAGGGCAAGGCGAAUGAGGCCGCCGCCCUGAGGCAGCAGCUGGCUGCGGCGCAGGCAGACAAGGGCGCCGCGGCCCAGGCCGCAGCGGCCGAGCUGGCGGCGGCGCGGGGCGACGCGGACAGCCUUCGUCAGCAGCUGGCGGCGGCGCGGGCGGCGGCCGAGGAGCAGGGUGCGGCCACUAGCGAGCGUGACGCCCGGCUGCAGCAGGCGCAGCAGGCUGCCGACAGGCUGGCCGCAGCGGCGGCCGCCGCGGAGGCCGCCGCCGCCGCCCAGCGGCAGCAGCGGGAGGCUGCCGAGGGGCUGGUUGCGCAGCUGCAGCUGCAGGUCGCGCGCCUGCAGGCGGCGGCCGCCAGCAGCGGCAGCGCUGCGGCGGCGGAGGCCGCUCUGCUGCAGGAGCAGCUGGCAGUGGCGACGCAGCGGGAGCAGGGCGCCCAGCGGGAGCUGCAGCAGGCCCAGCAGCAGCUGGCGGCGCUGAGGCAGGCGCACGGCGAGGCGCUCAACGUGGCCCGCGGCAGCCAGCAGGCGGCGGCGGAGGCGCGGCAGGAGGCGGCGGCGGGGAGGUUGGCGGCGGAGCAGGCCCGGCGCGGCGCCUCGGCUGCUGCCGCCGUCACACCUGAGAUGCUGGCCGAGAGAGAGCAGGAGAUCGGCGCCCUCAAGGCCGUGCUCGACCGGGUGACCGCCGCAGCGCAGCAGAAGGACGGCCAGAUAGCGGCGGCGCAGCGAGAGGCGGCCGUCGCCGCUGCCGCUCGCGACGCCGCUCUGGCCGACAAGGCGGCGGCCGAGGAGGCGGCGGCCGGGUGGCGCGAGGCGGCGGCGGGCGCGGAGGCCGCGUCGGCCGCCCUGGCGGCGGCGCGGGCGCGGGGCGCGGAAGCCGAGCAGCAGCUGCUGUCGGCGCAGGUGCGCGACGCGGCUGACGCGCAGCGCUGGGAGGCGCAGCUGCUGGCGGCGCAGCGGGAGCUGCAGGAGGCGCAGCGGGUCGCCUCGGUCGCCACGUCAGCGCAGCAGGCCCUUCAUGCUGAGGUGGCGGAGCUGCGGCAGCUGCUGUCUGCCAAAGACCAGCAGAUCGGAGCGCUCAGCAGCACCGCCGCCGCCAGCCGGCCCGGCAGCGCCGACAGCGGCGGCUCCAGUGGCGGCUCGCCGGCGGCGGCGGCUCUGCAGGCCCAGCGCAUGCAAGCGCAGGUUGUAGAGCUUCUGUCCAAGGUUUCUGCUCUCAAGGAGGCCCUCAGUGCCCGGGAUGAGGCUGCUGAAGCGGCAGCCGCUGCCGCCGCCUCUGCGGAGCGGCAGCGGGUGGAGGCCGAGCGGCGCCUGGACGCCGCGCAGGAGCAGCAGCGUGCGGCGCAGAGUGCGGCGGAGCAGGCGGAGCAGCGGGCUGCUGGCGCCGGAGCCGCGGCAGAGGAGUGGCGGCAGCAGGCUGCGGUGCUGCGGCAGCAGCUGGAGGCGGCGCCUUCCGCCAAGGGGCCCGUGGCCAGCCAGGGCGUGCAGGUGGACCCGCCUGUGGUGCCAGCGGCAGCCGCGGAGCCGCCUGUUCAGCCAGCGGUACUGAAUAUCACAGUGGUGGAGCUGGAGGCUGCGGCGCAGGAGGCACAGCCGCAGGAGACGGCCGCCCAGCACCAGCAGCGGCAGGAGGCCGAAGGGCAGGGCGCGCGUGCGGCUGCCGCCGCGGGCGAGGCGGUUGCGCGGCUGGAGCAGGAGCUUGCUGCCCUGCAGCGGCAGUGCGAUGAGCUGCGGGGGCGGGCGGCGGCGGCCGAGGCGGGGCGCGAGGCGGCGGCCGCCGAGCAUGCCAGCCGCCUGGCGCAGCUGCACCGGCAGCACCAGGAUGCGGUGGGCGAGGUGAGGCUGGAGGCGGCGGCCGCGGCGGCCAUGCUGGAGCAGCGCCACGAGCAGCAGGUGGCGGAGCUGCGGCAGCAGCACGGCGCAGAGCUGGAGCAGCUGCAGGAGCUUCAUGAUGACGAGAUGCAGCUGCUGCUGCGCCAGCACGCCGACGCAGAGGUGGCGGUGGCCGCGGCGGCGGCCGCCGCGGCGGCGCUGCCCGGCUCGGCGCCGCGCGCCGCCGCCGGCACGCCCUCCCCACUGCAGCGCCGCUUCGAGCAGCGGCUGCGCCAGGUGCGGGAGCAGCACGCCGAGGAGCUGGCUGAGGUGCUGCUGCAGCAGGAGGCUGCGGUGGAGGGGGCGCGGCGCGCCGCCGCCGCUGCCGCCCAGCUGCAGCUGCACUCGCUGCGGCAGCAGAUGGAGGCCCUGGCUGCGGAGCAGGAGCAGCAGCUGGCGGCGCUGCGGAGGCGGUACGAGGCGGAGGCGGAGGGCCGGGAGCUGCAGCACCUGGCUGAGCUGGAGGCGGCGCAGGAGGGCGGCGAGCUGUUUGAGGAGGGCUCGCUGGCGGAGCGGCUGCGGGCGCUGGAGGCGCGCCGCGCUCGACAGGAGGCGGAGCUAGAAGUGCUCAGGGCUGAGCUGGAGGAGCAGCGUGCGCAGCACGAGCGCCAGCUGGCAGCUGUCAUGGCAAAGCACGCGCUGCUGGCGGAUGAGGGGCAGCGGCGUCAGGCGUCAGGCUGGGGCCAGCAGGCGCCGGGGGCGGCGGCGACCGCCGCCGCCCUGGCCGGCGGCGCGGCGGCGUCUGCGGCGGCGUCUGCGGCAGGGCCGGGCCAGGCGCAGCAGGUGCAGCAGGCGCAGCAGGCGCAGCCUGCCGGCGUGCGGGAGGCCGAGGAGCGGCACGCCGCCGACGUGGCCCGCCUCCUCACCGCCUCCAUUUUCACCUCAGUGCUGGCACGGCAGCCGGGUGCAGCGCAGGCUCCGCAGGCUGGGCUGGCGGGCUCCCCCGGACCGGGCGUGCUCCUGGACCUGCCUCCGGGCCGCCAGCGGGCCGCCGACGCCAGCGGCGGCUGCGACGCCUCCCUGCCGCGCUGCCCCCGCAGCUCUGGCGGCAGCUCCAGCCCCGGCCGCCCCGUGCGGCGGCAGCUGCUGAGCGGCGGCUCGCCGGGCGGACCCGGGGCCGCCUCCGCCCGGAGCGGCUCCGACCUGAGCCCGGCGGGCGAGGCGGCGGCCGCGGCGGCGGCUGCGGCGGCCGAGGUGGCGCGGCUGGAGGGCGAGCUGGAGGCUGCUGCGGGGGAGUGCGAGGCGCGCGGGGAGGCGCUGCGCGAGUGCCAGGAGAUGGUGGAAGAGCUGCAGGCCUUUGCAGAGCAGCAGAAGAGCGAGCUGGCGGGCGUCCGCGCUGAGCUGGCGGAGGCGCAGCGCGGCGGGCGGGAGGGCCAGCUGCGCCUGCGCGGCCUGGAGGAGCGCCUGCUGGCGGCGCAGGACGAGAGCAGCAAGCUGAACAGCCAGGCGCGGGGGUGCUGGGGCGGCGGGGCGCUCGCUUUUGGGCAGGGACGCCUGGUCAGCAAGCUGGAGCGCAAGUGCGGCGCGUACCGGGAGGAGCUGGCCAGCCUGCAGUCGAUGCACGACGGCCUGCAGAGCGAGCACACCGCGGUGUGCGGCCAGCUGACUGCGGCGCAGCAGCAGCACGAGACCGCGCUGGACCGGCUGCAGCGGCUGGCGGAGCGGCUGGCGCUGGCGCAGCAGGAGAAGGUGCAGGCGGAGCAGCAGCUGGCGGCGCUGCAGCAGCGCAUGACGCUCCUGAGGGAUGAGAGUUCCCAUGAGGCCGAGGUGCUGCUGCACGAGCUGCUGGUGCAGCGCCUGCGCGUCUCCUCUGCAGGAGCCAGCAACAGCGCGGGCAGCGGCAGCAGCGGCGCCGAGGUGGCCGGCAGCGGCGGCACCGCCGUGGCCUCCGCCGAGGCCACUCUGGCGCCCAACCUGCACGCCCACCAGCAGCGCCAGCAGCCCCGCCACCCGUCCCCUGCGGGAGGCAGCGGCAGCGGCGGCACCGUGGGGGCGGGCGGCGGCGAGCCGACGCCGCUGCACCCGUCGCACCCGCCGCACGCGGCGCCGCGCGGCGUUCAGCAGCCGCGCCCGCAGGCGCGGCCCGCGUCGGCGCCGGCGCCCACGCCGCCGCUGCAGGCGCAGGACGCGGGGCGGCGGGCGCUGCCGGCGGCGGCCACCCGGCUGCCGCCGCACCUGCUGCACCUGCGGCGGGUCGAGGGCGGCAGCGGAGAGCACACGCCGCACUCUGCUCGAUCGGUGGAGAGCGCCUGGUCAGACUCAGUGGCAGAGCUGGCGCCUGCCCUGGAGCAGAAGAAGAAGAGGAGGGGCGCGCUGCACAAGCUGGGCAAGAUGCUGCGGGGCGGCGGCGGCGGCACGGUCGCCAAGGCGGGGCUGGUACCGGCGGCGGUACCUGGCCCGGGCAAGCGGCCCGAUCCCGCUGCGCUGACCGCCCCUCUGGAGCACAGCAUGCGAGAGCACGAGGCGACGGUGCUGCAGGAGGGUGUGCUGCAGGAGCGGGGGCAGGCAGGGCAUGCGCCGGCGCCGGCGCCGGCGCACGAGCGGCAGCAGGCGCAGCAGGCGGAGCGGCGGCGGCAGCGGCAGGAUGUCCAGCCGCCGGCGCCGCCGCCGCAGCAGCAGGUCGAGCCGCAGCCGGCGGCGGUGCCGGAUGCCAUCUGGCGGCACGUGCAGCAGCAGCAGCAGCAGCAGCAGCAGCAGCAGCAGCCGCCGCCGCCGCAGCAGCAGCGCGUCCAGCGGCAGCAGGCGGAGCUUGAGCGGCGGCAGCUGCAGUUCAGCGCCGCCGAGGAUGCGGCCGCGGAGCAGCGGCUGUGGCAGGGCUACGCCGGCUGGGGCCAGCAGCCUCCGUCGCCGCCGCGCCACCAGCAGCAGCACCCUGCCCCCUUCGUCGCCGCGGCCGCCGCAGGAGGAGGGGGCCGCGGCCCGCUGCAGGAGGUCCACACAAACCUGCUGGCCCCGCCGCCGCCGCAGCAGCAGCUGCGGCCCAGCAGCGCGGCCCUGUCUGACUGCCCGCCGGAGGGCGCUCGCUACUGCUACCCAGACGCGGCCGCCGCCGGCUACAUGGCCGGCCUGGCGGAGGCGGCGGAGGAAGGAGCAGGCGGCGAGGGGCUGGCGGCGGCGGAGGCAGCGGCCGCUCGGGGGCAGCGCUGGCAGCAGCGCCGCCUGCACGUGGUGCACAGCAACGCGCUGUUUGGCGGGGAGGACUAUUCGGAGAGCACCUACUGA